GGUUACUUGUGGCAACUCUGACUCGACGCAUCGCCGCUGUCGAAGAAGAGGAAAGAAAAAAAUUUCGGUGCCGCGACGUCUUCCGCACAAAUAGAGCGCUAGGUUGUUGCACAGCAAAGCGAAGCGAAGCUGUUCGAUUCUUUCCCUUUUCGAGGGGUGCUUCCGCGCUCCAUUUUCUUUCGUUCUGUGGGGGCGGCCCACCACGGGAAAUGCGUUGUCCCGGUCCAGCCGUACACACGGAAGAUUUGUUCUUUUCCACGUAAGCAGGACACAGUGGCCAUUCGUGUUUUCCUUUUCCAGUUUGUCCCACAUUAUUGAGCUCGGUACCUCCUUUACUCCUAACGGCAGGGUCGUACCGGCACUUUCCUCACGUGCUGUUUCGUAUCCUUUUUUUUUCUGUUUUUCCUUCUCAAGCGCAAGCACCUAUUGCAACUCGGCCCGUUUUUUCUGUUGGUUUUGCUGAUCUUUGCUGGAGUCCACUCAUUCUCCUCUCCUUGCAUGAUGCACCUUCUGCUGUCGAAAGGAAAAUAAUAAUAAAAGAAAGCACGUACAUUUCCAGUGUGUUAUUAUCUCUCUCGUUUGUUGUCGUUUCGUUUGUAAGAAUAUAUAUAUAUGUAUGUAUAUAUGUUGCUUAGCGUAUACAUUUAUUAUUAUCAUUUCUUCUCUGUUUUCUUGUGUUACUUCAGUUCGGAUUUUCUCUUUUGUACCACCGAGUGUGACGCGUUCCGGCCAAUCCUUUAUUCUUUUCUCUCCCGUUAUUUCCACCUUACAUCUCGAAACAAAAGCGUUAGAGAUAUUGCACCCCUUCCCCUUUCAUUUUGUCCCCCAAACGGUGGAGUACCGAAUGCCUUAAAGGCCUCACCUCUGCAAACUGAGCUAUGCUUAUCUAAAGGAAGGAAAUAGAAGAAACACAUACAGCCGCAUCGUUCAUGGAAGCAUUUCAGACGUCUGCGUACUUUCGCAAUGGAGGCGGUGUCAUCUCGCUCCUCUCCGUGCCCGACUUGGAGUCGCUGGAUGAAAUCCAGGAUGGCGAUGUACAGGAUUUGCUGCAACUGAUGGUGCCCAACGCGCAGGGCGGCGGGGAUGCCGAGGCGAGCCCUACUUCGACGUCGCGGCCGCUGCAGGGGCCCACCGCGGACCCGGCGCCACUUUACCCGAGCCCGUCAACGAUGUCCAGCAGCAGCAGCAACACCAGCGUCGCCAUCGCACUGCCACCCCGCAGCAGCGGCUCCGCACGGCGCGACCCGGUGCGGUCGUCCAUCACAGCCGAGUUUGGCGGCACGCUGUCGCCGCCCGUGCCGACCACGUUUUCUCCGUCCAGGCAGACACGCCCCACGGCGGCCGCCCGGGCAGGGGUGAACAUUCCUCCGUCUCCGCCCUCUGCGUCUGCGUGCGCCGCCCCUCCCGCACUCCUACACGUCUCCGACACGGCAGUGCUGGAGGCGGAACAGCGGCGGUGGGGCUCACAGCUCGUGCAGGAGUGCUGGAUGCAUCAGGAGCUGCACAACGUCCGCUGGAACGAGCAGCGGCUGCUGAAGCACGGCGCCGCCUACCGCCCUCGUGCCAUCGCCGCACGAACCGCCGUGAAGAUGACGCACACGAAGAGCCUGUGCAUCGUCCUCAACGUGGACGUCGCAAUCAUUGAAAACGCCGGCGAGGCGCAGGUUGCGGGUGAUGGCGAUGAGGGCUCGUCCGAGGAGGCGCACAUGCCCUCGCUGAGUUCCCCCGAGGCAGAGGCGUGGUCGCCGCUGCUGAUGUGGCGCUCGCCAGCUCUGACCCCUGGUGACGCGCCGACGGUGCUGUCGCAGCUCUCGGAGUGCUUAGGGGAGCAGUACGAGGGGCUGGCCCCACGCCCGCUGCCGACGUCGUGCUGCGCAAACGCGCGGCCGUCCGACCUCGUGCAGACGCUCAGCGACGCCCGCAAGGACGCAGGGGAGGCCAAGGUCAUCUUCCACUACCUGGCUCGUGGGGUGCCCGCGCCACGUGGGGGCAAUUUGUACCUCACGAACUCCGCGUCCGGCGCGGGCGGCUACGCGGGGCCGCCGUACAGCAAGCUCUCGCUGGACACCUUCCGAAAUCGUGUCGGCUUCCCGCUCGUCUUCAUCGCGGACUGCGCCGAAGCACGCGAGAUUCUCAACUACUACAUUCGCAUGUGCGAGGAGCAGCAUCAGCAGCGGUACUUUACGUCGUCGCGCGAGUACCAGUUGGAGUCGAGCCGGCAGGUGAGUGCGGCGGAGCUGGACAACUUGGUGGAUGUGCAGAUGGGGACGGCGAGCGGGACGUUCGAGGGCGUCGGCAGCUGUGCCGAUCUCUGCGCCGGCGACAACCUGCGCCGUGGCCGCGGCGUGGGCGUGAUGGACGGCACACCGCCCGCCCAAUGUGCGGUUCUGCAGGACUUUUACUUCAUCGGCGCCAGUGGGAGCAGCACGAUGGGGAGCAGCAGCGGAGCAGGUGGCAGCAGUCUGCGAGACAAGUCUGUUAGCGGUGGCGGCGUCGGCGGCGGCGGUGGAGGGUACGACGACUUCAACAUCAACGCCGGCAACGUCGGGAGAGGCGGCUUCGCCGGUGGUGCGGGAGGAGGCCCGACGGGCCGGUCGGGUGCGAGCAGCGGGAAUGCCGGUGCCCUCCGACACCACGUGCGGCUGCCAUCCGACAUCCUCACGAGCUGCCUCACAACCCCCCUGCGCAUGGCCGUCCUGUGGUUUAUUGCGGAGCGCCCGGAGCUGCAGGAGUUGCACCCCCUGCUGCUGCGUCUCUUCCCCGGUGCGCUGGGCGACAAGAAGACCCCGCUGGGCCAGCUGCAGUGGUACCUGCAAAGCAUCAUCGAGUGCAUCGCGUGGUCAACCUUGUCGCUGCCCGAGUACUCCCGCCUCUUCCGCGAGGACGUCUACGUCGCCCCGCUCUUUCGCGGCUACAUCUUGGCCGAGCGCAUUAUUGUGGGCGGGCUGGACGGCUGCCUCAGCGUGUACCCGCCGCUGGCCCCCACCCACUCGCACACGCUCUGGGGCACGUGGGACAACUUGGUGGAGCGGGCCUGCGUGUCCGUCCUGCGCGUCGUGCACCCGGCACCGCCGCGGUGCGCCAGCGUGUUGGAGUUCCGCGGCUGGCUGGAUGAGCAGGUCACCUCGUGGAAGUACACCCGACCCGAUCUGCUCGCGGUGCCCACCCCCCUCGCCGGCGCCCCCCUCUUCGGGGACGGCGGGCGGCACUCCUGCCUGCCGUCCACGCCCGACGAGUCCGCCGUGCGGAUGCCGUCGCUCUUUGCGGAGUCGCUGCGUGGACUGCAGGCGCAGCUGGACGGCAUCACGCAGCAGUCCUUCGAGCGUCCUCGCGUCUUCUUCGCGGAGAUCGUCGGGUUACCGCUGCCAACGCCGUCCGCCUCCGCUGUGUGGGAGUCGGGGGGCGGCGUGGGCGCGGUCGAGGGCGAAAGGGGUCACCGGUCGCGCUGGUCGGCGCUGGCGUCGGGCCGCAGCGGGACAGGCGAUCCUGCUGAUCCGAAACGCCCGACGACGCUGCCGAUGUUGCGCGACGUGGCGGAUCGCUACUCCAACUCGCUUCGGUCGUCCUACCCCGCACAGCAGCGGCUGGACGAGGGUGCGUUUACGCCGGAGGGGACCCGCGGUUCCGGCAGCGUGCCCUCCACCACCGCUUCCAUCGCCACCUCCAUGGGCGAGUUGCGGGGCGGCAGCAGCGGCCGCGGUGGCAGAGCGGGCGGUACCUCUGAGGGAGGGAAGGCGCCGGCGAGGGACCGGGGUGUGUCGGGGCGGGCAGAUGCGCGGGCCACGCUGCCAACAAGUCGCUAUCAGCGUACUUCCCAUGCGAACCUGAUCGGACUGUCCACCUCGAAGUCGCCGGCGGCUCUUGCAGUCAACGGCGGCGGCGCCACGGCGGCCACCACCACCGUGGUACGGAGAGAGGCGCGGCGCAGUCCGAGUCGCCUCUCCGGUCGCCAGGCCGAAUACGUCACAAACCUCUACACUAACCCCACCACCUAUGGACAGGCCAGCUCCUUCCGGUACACGGCGGGCCUCAACCCGUCGAAGAGCAACCGCGACCUCUUCAUUGGCUCCUCCACGUUUCCGUCGUCGUUGGCCGCCACAGCCGCCGCGGCGCAGCCGACUCAGCAGCACACCUUCCCCUUCAUGGAUCGAAUGCCGCUGCUGCUGCAGGCGCUGCUGGUCGCCGCCCAUCGCGAGAAGGCUACUGAACUCCUCUGCCGCCUCGUCGACUGCGGACCGGCCGCCGUGCUGCAGUGUGCCGAGGCAAACAUCUACCGCUUCGUGCUCGACCGGUACUGGAGCCGGCCCGACCUGCGCUUCCUCAUGCCGGCCACCAUCUUUAUUUACUGCAAGAGCUGCUACGCCGAUCCAGAGCUGAUCGGCAACCCGAAGCAACGCGACGUCGCUGUGCGGGCGUGUGCGGAAAUUCUGCAGAGCCCGGUGGAGGUGCCGCCGCUGGCGUCGACGGCGGACAUGGCGGUGGAGGGGGCCCCCGGUGCCUGGCAGAACGCCACGCUGGGCCCCUACGCCACGCCGUUCGGGCAGCGGAUGCUGGCGGCGGCGCUGCUCACCCUCAUCGCCCUGCACAGCGACGACGGACGUGAGGCGUGCCACCGCCACGGCGUGUUUCAGCUGUGCUGCCAGCUACUGCACCGCACCCGCGAAGAAGCACCGCUGCUGCUGAUGAACAGCUUGGAGAUGGCCGCGAGCGGGGUCGCCGCCGGUACUUCGCUGAGCCCGGCACCGCCCAUGCCGCCGCUUCCCCGCCCGCCAAGCUCCAUCCUGAACUCGAGCGUCUCCCUCUCCUCGCCUGUGCACGCCCCUAAUCGCGCCACCGCUGCUGCACCGUCAUCAAUGGAGGAGCCUCCACCGCCCUCGUGCAUUGCCACGACGUACCACGUGACGCUUCUCACCCUCUUCGUGUCGCUGCUGUGCAACUGGAAGCCAUCUGCGACGGCCGCGGCGCCGCACGAGCGGGAGGGCGCCGAAGGAGCCGGCGAGGACGAAAGUGCCAAAGUUACGGAGUUAUGCCCGCCGCUGGACGGCGAGGUGCACGAGUUGCCACCGACGUCGUCGCAGGUGCUUGCGGCUGGUCUGCGGACGGCGGCGCCGGCCUUGCUCAACUUCACCUACUCCGACACCUCCAUCCUCCGCGGUGCGGCGCUGCGCUGUUUUAUGAUGGUGCUCAUCUCCCCCGCACCGAGUGUGCAGUUGCGGAACAGCUACGUCGAGGUGGUACUGCGCUUCAUUCAAGGCGAAACCUUCCACCGUAGCGAGCUGAACACGGACCUGCGGCUGGAGGAGCUCGGCAUGGCCUACACCACAUUUCGCUGGCUGCUCGGCCAGCUCCGCGAGGACCUCCCCAUCGGAGAGAUCGGACAGUACGUUGCCGUGUGGGUUUACAAGUGGUUUCGGCUGAAUGCACUAGGAAAGGUGCUCGGGUCUCUCUUUACCGGAUCUACUCAGGCAGGCGGCGCAAACGGACGCGGGGCCACUCAAAUCAGUUCCUCACAGGCGCACCAUCAGCAGCGUCCGCCGCAGCAACAGCAGCAGUCAGCCUCGUUUUAUCAGUCAUCGUCACGCAGCCAGUGGAUGCCGCCGACGUCGAUGUCGUACCGCGGGUCGAGCGUGGUCACACCGGGCUCUGUCUACUCCCAUCGCGGCAGCAACGUGCUGGUCGCGGCUGCCCGGUCUGUCUACGGUGGCGGCGGGCCCACCGCACUCGACGCAUCGGGUGGUGGUGGCGGGGCGGCGGGCAGUCUCGCGAAUGCGAUGGGCGGCUGUCUGCGGCAGCACCUCACGCAGCAGGACCACCGCCGUCUGCAGUCGUGCCUGCCGCCCCUCAGCGACAUCGUCCGCCUCUUCUUUGAGCACACGCAAGACGCCUGCCCCUACAUCCGCGCGUACGCCCGCAAGGUCGUCGCCGAGGAGUUCGGCUUCUUGCGUCAGUCGUGGUAUGACGACUACGCCGUCCACGAGCUGCACCUCUCCCCGAGAGAGGAGGACCACAGCCACUACCACCACCCGAGUCACCGCCACCGCGGCUACGGCGCACGGAUGGAGACGGUGCGGGAGGUGUACGUGAGCGGUGAGGCAGUGCACAGCGCACGCGGGGACGGUGGGCUCGGCGGCGUCGCCAGUGCCGAUCCUCUGACCGCAUCCUCGAUGGACGGCGGAGGCGACUUGACCACGUACCUCCCACUGCGUGAGUUGCUGACCGCGGGGGAGGCGUUUGACGAGUUUCUAGGUGGUGGGGGAGGGGGAGGGAGCAACGGUCCUGCGCAACAGCUGGGCCACCACCGCUCCACCUCCUCCGUGGUACCCCCUGCCGCGGCUGUGACGGCCAAUAUGAUGGCGGCCGAUGCACACGCUGCCGCCGCCUCCACUUCUGCUCCUGCGCUGAUGGCGACGGAGAUGGACGACGUGGCCGAUCCCCCGCCGGCGGUGCUGCGGCGCUUCAUUGGACGGUUGCUGCGCAUCGCCUCUACGAACGGCCCGGAGGCGACCGCGUCGCUCUCCCCGUUUCCACGCAGUACCUCGCGGCCCCACCUAGACGGCAGUGGACGGGACGGUGGGAUGCGGACGAACGACGGUGGCGACGGUGGCGGCGUGAUGGCUGACGAUGUGGGGGACCGCGGCAGCGCGCGCUACUGGCGUCGGCGCCGCGACAACUUCGCGCGCUCCGGAAGUGACCGGGAGGGCGAGAGGCGCUACGCGGGGGAGAAAGAGGACGGCCGCCGUCACGGCAGCGCCGUGCAUCGUCGCGUCGUGAGCAGCGAGCGCGGGCAGCGAGAGGGGGAGAAGGGCUACUACUCCUACGAUGACUCGGUGGAGGAGGAGGAGGCUGAGGGAGAGCUGGACGAUACGCUGCUCGACUCGGAAACCCUCGCGUUGCACCCGCUCUGGGCGAUGGACAGCACCUCCAUGACGAACUUCGCGUACGGUGCGUUGAGCUUCUUGGAGCGUUUCAUGCUGGAAAAAAUGGACGACAGCGACCCGCGUCAUCCCAUGAACCUGGAGAAAGGCAACGCCCUGCACCAUUACUAUCAACGGGUGGAGCGGAACAUACGCGCCUUUGCGCAGGACGAAAUGCCGAACGCAAGGACUGUUGUCGCUGCUGCUGCGGGCACCGGUGCGUGUGGUGGUGAUGCGUCCGUGAUGGCUGCGUGCGGCAAAGGGGAGAUGAACGACGCAACGGCGGGCAGCAGCAGCAGCCGGACACUGCGCGGCGGUGCCGUCAUGGCACCCGCGCCCUUUCACUGCCUCGGUGUGGGAGACAUUGGCCAGGCCGGGAUCCCUGGCUACGGCCCGCGCUGUGGCGGCUUACGUAGCCGCUACAGGGAACCCACCCUCGCCCUCCACUCUCGCCGCCGCAGCGGCCGCCCUGCCGAGUCGGUGGUGGAGGGCGGCGGCAGCGGUGAAGCGCGGGUGGGCGGCAACGUGGACGUGGUGCUCUUUCACCCCUCCGAGCCGCUCGUCAUCACGUCGACCACGGGCGGGCUGCUGAGUGUGUGGUCAUACGACCACUUGGGGUUGCCGACCACCGCCAAAGAAGAGGAGCGGGUGCGCAGUGAGGGCGGCGAUAACAGCAGCAACAGCGACGAAGAAAGAGAUGCGGAGGGGGAGGGUGGCGAGGGGAAUGCGCAGGACGGGGAAGCAGCGGAGCCGCCCCAUUUGCGGCAGCGCUCCGCCGUUAAGAGUGGCGCCAACCCCGCCCCGCUGCGGCCACUGCACGCCAAAGCGCAGUUCUUCCUGCGCGACGUGGUCGGCCGCAGCCACUCCGACCUCUACUACGUGGCGCGGCCGCGCUUCAUGUACGACCGCUUCAACCCGAACGGGGCGGCGCCGGCGCUACGCGGGGCCGCAGGACGGCGACGGCCGAUGCAGCGGGCCGACGCGGCGGUGCGGCGCGGUGGGCGGGAGCGGGAGACGCCUGGCUACCCCGGCCACUUCUACCGCCGUGACGAGAUGGGCGGCGGGGGCGGGGGCAGUCGUGCCGGGGCCUGGAUGGACCGCGCCGAGGCAGCCAACGCGAUCGCGGCACUUCCCUCGUCCUAUCAACACGGUCAUCCCCACUACUACCACGGCGUCGGCGACUUGCACAUCGUGGAUGCGGCGCACCACCCAUUGAUUUGUGCGGUGCGCCGCUUUGGUGCGGUGGAGGUCUUCUCCCACUUCACGGACCGCCACCAGGUGCGACGGGUGGUCACGUUCGAGACGGCCCGCUUUGGCCAAAACGGAGGCGUGGAUCAGUGUGUGUCGAGCUAUCAGUCGUGCACCGGGCUGCUGUACGUGAGCAACGGCGAGGACGAGGUGAGUGCGUGGGACCUGGCCUCGCCACCCUCGGCACACUGA